CAACUUUCUUCCCCGCCCGCACAGUUGAACAACAGAUCGUUUUCAGGCGGUCGUCAUUAGAAGGUCAGCAAUCCCAACCACCCUCACCUUCUUCCCACCCAUUCAAACCGAUGAAAGGGUUGCUUCCGUUCGCCGCAUUAAAGGGCAGAAGCGGUGAUCUCGCUACGCCGGCAGAGAGCAUCGGAGAUGAAGUACGUCGUAGAAGUGGAGAGUGGACGAGAAAGCUCCGACGGUUCGCCAUCAGUCGGCCCCGCUUACCGGAGCAUAUUCGCGAAGGACGGAUUUCCCCCUCUGAUUCCUGGCCUCGAGUCCUGCUGGGAUGGUUUCCGCUUGUCGGUGGAGAAAAAUCCAGGCAAUCGGAUGCUAGGGCGUCGCGAGAUUGUUGAUGGGAAGGCGGGGAAAUAUGCUUGGCUAACUUAUAAAGAAGUGUACGACAUUGUGAUGAAAGUUGGAACUUCGCUUCGAAGCUGCGGAGUUGAGAAGGGAGGUCGUUGCGGUAUCUAUGGUGCGAACUGUCCUGAAUGGAUUAUUAGCAUGGAGGCUUGCAAUGCUCAUGGGAUCUAUUGUGUUCCAUUAUAUGAUACCCUUGGUGCUGGUGCUGUUGAAUUUAUAUUAAGCCAUGCAGAGGUGCAAAUUGCUUUUGUGGACACGAAGAAGAUUGCAGAGCUGUUGAAAAUCUUUCCUAAUGCUGCCAAGUUCUUGAAAAUUGUUGUGAGUUUCGGAAGUAUUUCCCCCGACCAGAAAAAGGAGUUUGAACAAUUUGGUUUGAAAGCCUACUCCUGGGAUGAGUUCUUGCUUUUGGGCAAUAGCCAAAAGUUUGAUCUUCCUUUAAUCAAUAAAACAGACAUCUGUACAAUAAUGUACACAAGUGGGACAACAGGAGAUCCAAAGGGUGUACUAAUUUCCAAUGAAAGCAUCCUGACUUUUAUUGCUGGUGUUAAUAGACUGCUUGAAUCCAUGAAUGAGCAGUUGCGUGUUGAUGAUAUUUUUCUAUCAUACCUCCCGCUGGCCCAUAUAUUUGAUCGGGUGAUAGAGGAGAUGUUUAUUUUCCAUGGGGCCUCGAUUGGAUUUUGGCAAGGGGACGUUAAAUUGUUAAUUGAAGAUAUUGGCGCUCUAAAACCAUCUGUUUUUUGUGCCGUUCCUCGUGUACUAGAUCGUAUUUAUACAGGUCUGCAGGAUAAAAUCUCUAGUGGAGGUCUCUUAAAGCAGAAAUUGUUUAAUCUUGCCUAUAGAUACAAGCUACACAAUAUGAUAAAUGGAAGUAAACUUGAGGAGGCAGCUCCAGUUGUUGAUAAAAUAGUAUUCAAUAAGGUUAAGCAAGGACUAGGCGGUAAUAUACGACUUAUAUUGUCUGGGGCGGCUCCACUUGCUACUCACGUGGAAGAAUUUUUACGGGUUGUGACUUGUGCUCAUGUUCUACAGGGCUAUGGUCUUACGGAGACCUGUGCAGGAACCUUUGUUUCACUGGCAAACUCUAUGUCAAUGCUUGGAACGGUUGGACCUCCUGUGCCAAAUAUAGAUGUGCGGCUGGAGUCUGUUCCUGAGAUGGGUUAUGAUGCACUAGCAGACCAACCUCGUGGGGAAAUUUGCAUCAGGGGAAAAACGUUGUUCUCAGGGUACCACAAGAGAGAAGACCUCACAGAUGAGGUUUUGGUUGAUGGCUGGUUUCACACAGGAGAUAUUGGUCAAUGGCAACCAGAUGGAAGUAUGAAGAUCAUAGAUCGAAAAAAGAACAUUUUUAAGCUUUCCCAAGGAGAAUAUGUUGCCGUGGAAAACUUGGAGAACAUUUAUGGUUCCAUAGCUGAUAUAGACUCUAUAUGGAUUUAUGGAAAUAGUUUUGAGUCGUUCCUAGUUGCUGUUGUCAAUCCUAACAACCAAGCUCUUGAACGCUGGGCUGAAGAGAAUGGCGUUAGGGGAGAAUUUUUCUCCCUUUGUGAGAAUCCUAAAGCAAAAGAAUACAUUCUUGCAGAACUAAAUAAGACCGCUAAAGCAAAGAAGCUAAAGGGCUUUGAAUUCAUAAAAGCUAUUCACUUGGAUCCUCUGCCAUUUGAUAUGGAACGUGAUCUUCUUACCCCAACAUUUAAGAAGAAGAGACCCCAGCUGCUCAAGUAUUACCAGAGUGUCAUUGUUGACCUGUACAAAAGCAACAAGUGAUCAACCAAACUUCUGUUUUUGAAUCCAUCUUCAUUACAAACCUUAUACUGCAACAAGAAUCUGCUGCUUUUUCAUCUUCGUCAUUUUAUGUAUAUCUGCUGUAUUAUUAAUUUUUGAAAUUUUUUUUUUUAUUUAUAAGCUUGAAAAGAAGUUAUUUUGAUGUAGAUUGUGUUGUUAUGGACUGGUCAGAUUUAUUAAGCUUGUAACGCACCAUGCUGCCUAAGUAUAUUGUUGUCAUAGCCAAUAAUUGAAAAUCUUAGGGGUUAU